AUGGAGGCGGAAAGGCUGAUGGUGCUGUUCGGGGACGAUUCGGUGGAGGUGCACUACGCGGGGGGGUCCCGCUUGCUGCUGUCUCCUUGCGGCUCCGAGUAUCUGUACGAAGCGGCGCUGCCCGCGGCCGCCCACCCGCUCCAGCCGGCGGAGACCACCCGCCAGCGGGUCGCCUUCGCCGUCAGUGCCUACCGGGAACAACUUCUACGAGCGCUAGAUUUCCGGAACGCGUUUUCUUCUCGCCCGUACUUGCCUUCACGUGUUAUACCUCCAGAAAGAAAAAAGAUUCUUCUCAGUGAUAUCUUAGAAAUUAAAUGGCCUGACCGUGCGACUCCUGAUCUGACAAGAUGUUUAGACAAUGGCAGUGUGAAGAUCUCAUCUGUAGAUGGGUAUGCUCACCUUUACUUGUCAGAAUUGCAGCAAGAAUUUACAGUGGAGUUCUUAUGCAAAGUCAGCCAGUCAUCUGCAGCAUCCUCAUGCUCCUCUGAAAAGAACAGCAACUAUGAAAGUGGAGAUCAGCAUGGAAAACCAAGUAAAAAUUUUGCUGCAGAAGUCUCCUCAAAACAAAGAAGAAUAGAGAACAGGAAUAAAGGUUGUGCUGAAGGUAAAUACAGGGAACCAAUCAAACCAAAGGACCAAAGAGAUGGAGUUCCUUUGUUCCACACAAAUUGUUCUUCUGAAUACACAUGGGUUACACAGCGUUGGACUGUUUCCUUGUGCCCAGAAGAAUGGAAAUACCCUUUGUUCUUGGCACUAAAAUGUUGUAACUUACAUACUGUGGAAAAUGUAAUGAAGACAUAUGAGAAAAACAGCUGUACAGCUAUUGAAGGUGAUGUUUUAGCAGACUCUGAAACAUAUGAAACAGUUUCUUGUUUACCUACAGCUUUGCCGCUCAGCUGCAGAGCCCCACAUCUACACAGGUGGACAUUCUGUGACUUCUUUCAGAAUGAAGAUAUGGAGAAGUAUUCAUUCCCUCAGCUAAUUCAAGUUGUGUGGUGCCAGGGUGUUUUCUACAGAUUUAUCCAUGGUAGGACAAACAUCAUAGAAAUUUAUCCUGGUGAUGACUCAUUUUUCAAGUCAGAGGGAGCAUUUUUGGGAAAAUAUUUCAUGCGUUAUGCAAUCCAAAAAGGAACAAAAAAGGUGGAAGAAAAGAUGUAUUCAGUGAGCAGCCUACCCCCAGAUGUGCCAGGACAUCCAUACUCUAUAUCCUCCAUUAUUACUCAGGCAACCAAAAUACUUCAGUAUUGCUGCAAAACAAAACUGUCAUUAAGUCAUAAUUACUAUCUCUGCUGCUGGAAAGUGGUAUCUGAGACUGAUGGACAAGAAAUGUUACCAGUUUUGCUACAUGAAAAGGUUAUUCCUGGCAUAGGAAGACUGGCUGUGUACUCAGAUCAUAAAGUCCAUGCUGUUUUUUGGGAUAGGAUGACCCUGACUAUGGUUUGGGAUUGCAGCUCUUCCUGUAGUGAAAUCCAGAUAAAUGAAGAUCUAGGCUGGUGUAAGUUAACUACUCCUGAUGGGCUACAGCAGCUAAUACAAAUAAGUCAUCCUGGAGUCUAUGAAAGGUACAUCAGAACAGCAAUAGAAUGGUGCAGAAGUUUGAAUGAAGGGAAAGAGAUUGCUGAAUAUACUGCACACUCUGUAACUGAAGAAAAUUGGUCUGCUGAUGCUGAGCUUGAAAAAAUACAGAGAUUUAACUUUUUAUUAGACAACAGCAACAUUCUGAAAAGGACAUGUGCUGCAAAAUCCAGUCCAUCUGAUAUCACUGACAGAAAAAGAGGAAACAGGGAUGAGACGGAAGAACUUAGUGAAUGUUGCGUCUUGGAGGCUUUGGAAAAAACUUCUAAAGUCAUUCAGGAUAUUGAAUCUCUUCUUGGUGCCUCUGGGAAGUGAAGCCCUGUGUUCCAUGUCCUCCUAGGAGCUGUCCCAGCUGUGUCUGAGAGGGCUCUCAGGGCAGAGAAGGCUGAAGCCAGAGGGACAAGCUGCUGGUAUAUUCCUGGUAAAGUCUGUCAGGUGCCAGUGUAGUAUCAAUAAUAACACCAGUGCUGUAUUUGGUGUAGGCAAACAGAACAGUUGAGAUAGGGGAGCACUGCUGUAUAAAUGGAUCAGGUCUGACCUGACACUGCUGCUUUCAAGUAUGAAUAUAUGUUCGAAUCACUUUGAUUGAUGGAUCGCUGCUGUCCAGGCUAGACACGGAAAGUUUUCACUGUCAAAACGUGCUUUUAUUCAAAUGCUUACACCAAGAAGCCUUGAAACCGAAUAAAAUGUUUCCCAAAUGCUUUCUGUA